AUGAACGUUUUGCGUAGGACGUUGUUCACGCCUUCCAAGAAGAUAUCAUCGGAAGUGUUAAGAAAUGGCACGACACAUGACCUCCUUCAAGAAUUGGGCUAUAUAAAGCAAAGCCAUGCAGGAUUGGUACAUUGGUUGCCCUUAGGCCUUCGUACGUUAAGGAAUGUGGAAGAUGUUGUCCGUAAAAAGAUGGAGGAGAGUGGUGCACAUGAGGUUCAACUUAGUACGUUAUCAUCGAAAUUGCUGUGGGAACGAACUGAUCGUUGGAAUAAUCACGAAUUGUUUAAAUUGAAGGAUGGCAAAGGAGCCUCAUUUUGUCUUUCACCAACAUGUGAAGAAGAAAUGACUUGGUUGAUGAAGGGUUAUCUGCAGUCGUAUAAAGAUCUACCGCUUAUAGUGUAUCAGAUCACAAGGAAAUACAGAGAUGAGCUAAGACCCAGAGGAGGGUUAUUACGAGGGAGAGAAUUUUUAAUGAAAGAUGCAUAUUCAUUCCACUUAGAUUCAUCAGAUGCGAUUAAGACGUUUCAUAAGAUGAAUGAUAUUUAUUCAGGUAUAUUAAAGGAAUUCAGAUUACCGUUUGUCAGCGCAGUGGCGGACUGUGCAAAUAUGGGCGGGGAGAUGUCCAAAGAAUACCAUUAUCUUAGCGAUGGUGGAGAGGAUGUUCUCUACACAUGCGAUUCAUGUGCACAUGUUUCAAAUAUUGAAAAAUGCAGCAGCAUGCCAAUAGAAUCAGCGCAGAUGGCUAGUGAUGUGAACGUCAGAUAUGCUCUCAACCAGGAACACGAUGUAUUAAUUUGCUUCUACUAUCCAGCCAAGCGUAUAUUCAAUUGGAACCUAGCGUUAGAUGCCCUAGAAAACGAUAUAGAUAGAUCGCUAAAAAAUGUUCCCAACGACAAAGUCAUAGAGAUCUUCUUAAAACAAAAUGAAGACCCGAUAUUUUCGUCCAUCGUCAGAGUAAUGGAUACUAGGUUAAGUCCUCGUUGCAACCUCCCAGAAUUCCCAUUGAAGCAAUAUCUAAAGAAUAAUUUUUCACAAUUAAAUGGCUACACUCUCGUCGAUGCAGAAGAAGGGGAAUUGUGUGGAGAGUGUGGUAAAGGGACUCUAAAGGCCAGUAAGAGCAUUGAGCUUUGCCAUACGUUUUAUCUAGGUCGUCGGUAUAGCGAACCAUUAAAUGCAACUAUAAGAUCCACAAAUAAUGAUAAAGUAACCAUAGAAAUGGGAAGUUACGGAAUUGGUAUUAGCAGAUUACUGGCCGCUGUUGCACAGGUAUCCAAAGACCAUCUCGGUCUGUGCUGGCCGAGCACCAUCGCGCCAUACAAAAUCUCCCUUAACUAUGCACAAGAUGAUGAAAACGUGAAAACCGUCAAGAACUUACUUCGCUUCGACCCAUUUAUAGAUACCAGUGCCUCAGCAACAUUAGGAACCCGGCUACAACUAUCCCAACAACUCGGCAUCCCGCUAAGCGUAAUAGUAGGAAAAAAAUCUUGGCCAAAAGUAGAGAUUGAAGUAAGAGGUAAACGUUUCUCCAACCUAUGGAUCCAACACCACGCAAAAUCCGCCAUGCAGUAUUCGUGGGACUACAUUCCAGCAAACCCCGCUGAACACUCACUGGAAAAACAUCACUGUCUCCCAGAACACCUCAACGACGUACUCACAAUCCUUCUUCAAGACCUCUGA